ACGGCUGCCUGUGGCCGCUGCCGUCGCCUCCGAUGGGUAACACUUGUUCGAAUCGUGUAUUACAGUAGUUUGUUGAUAGCCAGCCCCGCGAACGGAACGCGUACGGAAGAAAACGAUCGCGAGAUCGAUGUGGCUACAAUAUUUACCGACCACAAUAGCCAAUUGCCGGGAGAAAACAAAAGCAAUUGGAGCUCCAGACGGAGGAAAAACUAACGUUUUGUGCGAACUUCGCGAAUUUCAGUGGCGCAAACGGCAAGUUCUGUGUGGCAUUAGGUAACCGGAGACGCAGACCCGGAGUUCCGGAUAACGAAAAAAGCCGUAUCAGCUGAAGAGGGGCGAAUAUGAAGCCAUCGUGUCAGUUGUCCAUCUGCUGUUAGCCGAAGUGAGUGUGUUUGCUCCUAUUUUGAUUCCACUUCUCGGCCAGAUCGGUAAACAAAUUGUCUAUUAAACAAUCAACUUUUCACCUAAUAAAUGAUAUCGUAUAAAUCAAUUGAGUCGAUGCCAAUCAAGUGGGGCAACACAGAUAAAUCUCCAUCACAAUGGGCCGAGAUCGCAGAUCUGGACGAGGCAAAACGAAAUGCAUAAACAAACGUCCCUCGCAUCAAAAGUGUUUUAUGAGUUUUGUGUUUUGUGGUCGAGCAAGUGAUCGGGAAAUGAUUUGUUCACGACAUUCCACUUAAAGGAGGAACAUUCAUUUAUUUAUUAUAUUAGAAUGCAUACAGAAUAUUUAAAUGACCAAGACAAAAGCUACAUGUUUCGCAAGCAUAAAAAAGCAAUUAAAAUGAAGACUUUAUUUCUUCCAAUCAAGCUGUAUUUAUUUAACUCAAUUUUUGAUAUUUUAUAUCCCCAAUGGAGAUCAUAAAUUCUCCCCAACAAUAGUCAUUUUUCGCAUCACAUAGUUCUAAAAUGGAUCAUUAAGUUUUGAAUACAAUUUCCGUUCCGAACAGUUAACCGUUACAGCCCUUCUAUGCGCUUCUCAAUCUAUUGAGUGCCCCGAAAGUUCUUUGGUAGCUGCCAAUCAAUUGAUAAACGGGCAUUAUAGCUGUGGCAAUGAUUUAUUGUUGCAUAAAUGGCACUCACUAUUUAUUAAUAAACGAGAAGCGAAAUUCUGAUAAUUUAUAUAUAUGAGAACCAAGGAUUUGUGCCGCAUUGUUUGUGUUUGUGAGCCAAUGUAGAGCACCCGUUCGCUUCAAAUGGCCAAGUAAAUAAACAAAAGUAGAUUUUUACACUCAUCGCCGACAGCGCACAAUAAAAUGUGUGAAAAAUGUGCUAGAGCCAGUGGAAAUGCAACCGCGUAGACCAAAUAAAUAAAUAAAUAAAUUCAAACUUGGAGAGCCACGAAUGUUUGCUAAGAAAUUAAAUGAAAAUCGAUCAAAUGGGAAAUAAACGAAUGGCCAGCCAGUGGAAUGCCAAAUAAAUAAAUGCCAGACCAUUGUGUGUGCCCCAAACUAACUAAUCAAAGUGUUCGACAGGUUCCUUUAGCGAUAACAAGUGGAAGUGGAAGACAAUGUCGUGGAUAUGCUAAGUGGAAAUGGAUCCGAUGAUUUGUGAUCUGUGGUCUGGCCACAUCUGGCUAUUGAUUCUCAUUUGUUUCUGCGGCUUUCAACAAUGUCGCGGUUCUUUUGUGGACUAUACAGAGAACACAGAGUUGAUUCAACAGAGAGCCGGGUUUGAUGUCAGGCUGCAGUGCAAUCUCAAGGGUUUGGUGGACGAUAGUAUGUUGGAUGACAUCAAGAUACAUUGGUACUUCAAGCAAUGCAGUGAAAAUAAUUGUCAUCAGUUGGAGUCUGUGGAUGAAUGGACCGCUCUGCCUUGUGAGCCAAGUCUUUGUCGUCCGGAGUUGUGGCUCCGGAAUGUGACGGAGCGGUAUUCCGGACUCUACAAAUGCAGCAUCAAUCCUCACAUUUGGGAUAAGGCCCAAGCUGUGGACGUUCAACUGGUUCGCACCUAUCAGCUGGAUGUUAAAAAUACCUCCUUGGCCGCUCCCGAGUUCGUGGACUCGUAUCCGAACAACAAGACGACUUUGGUGGGCAGUAGGGUGGUGUUCCAGUGCCGCGUCCACAGCGAGGAGCAUCCCACGAUCAAGUGGUUCCGCCGGCACACCUAUGUGGGAACCCAGUCAGUUGGAGAGGCCUCGACUUCACCCACUGCCUCCAAUUUCAGCACUCACAUUGUUCGUUACAAUGGUCGGACUUAUGAACUGCUAUCCACAGAUCCAGAGAAGUUGAUGGCUCCCCAGAUAUAUCUCAGCAAGUUGAUUCUGGACGGAGUGAGAUUUAGGGAUGCGGGUCACUACGCCUGCGUGGCCAUCAGUUAUCGGGGUCACAAGAUCCGGGAGGCGUUCCUUGAGGUACUCCCCGUUCAGGAUGAUUCGGAAAAGGAGUACUGGUCGGAUUACGAUAGCAGCGAAGAUGGAGUUUCGACCAGCGAUCCUCGGGAGUUCCUGCUGCUCUUUUUAAUGCCUUUAGGAUUGGCACUACUUCCACUAACCGUUUGGUUCAGUUUUUUGUUGUACAAACGCUGCUCUGUGAAUCACAGUGAUUGCCAGCGAAUGGAUUCGGAUGAGGAUCUGGACACGGAAAGGUGCGUCCUUGGAGGGAAUUAACGCAUGAAGCCAUAACCGGAAUUGAUGCAAGCUGCAUUACGCUUAUUAAGUUUAUGAAUAAAGACUGUAAGUAGAGUUAAGGAAGUUGUACAUAUGUUGGAUUUAGGAUGAAUGCAAUGAUUAAACAUAUUUUGUAAGUC